AUGGCCGCUGGGCAUUCUAACCAUACGGCCACCAUUCAAACCAUGCAAGAGACCUCUCACACCUUGAGAGUCAACCCCCCGGGAUAUGAAAUCAACUUCAAUUUGCUCAGGAAUUCCUUUGAUGUCACUAGCUCUGACGCGCUCACCCUAAGACAGCUUCUCUCUGCUGCAGAUCAAGCCCAGAUUUGGAAAAGUAAAG